GGGGUGUGCGCGGGGGGCUGGCAGGGCCGCGGUCGGGGUGGUGCCGGGGUGUCGCCCCGGUGCCGCCGCCGCGUUCCGAGCCGCUCGGGGGAUGCGGAUGGCUGUCCCUGCCUCUCUCGGCUGUGCUCGGUGCCUUCCCGGAAUGGUGCGGCGGUGCCGUGGGCUUGCGGUGGUUCCCAGGCAGUAAGGUCUUGGAGAGUGAGCUUGUCCUUGGGCUGCCAAAGGAGGAUGUGGGCAGUGGUUGUAUCCCCCCAGUGACACAGCUCUGUGUGCUGUGCAGGAGAUCUGAAGAAGACUCCUCCUCCUUCAGCAGUAGCAUGCCCAUAGUCUUCCUGGCCAAUGAUUCUUCUACAGCAAGCAGGACUUCUUCCUCAUCCUGAGAAGCUUUCAUCCCUUCCUAUGUCAGUGGCUACAAGGCCAAGAGCCAGCUCACCACCAAAGUCUCUUGGACUGGGGCCUUCCCUUCAUCACACACAAGAAGAGGAAUUAGCCAAGGUGGUGGAGCAGGACCCUAUGCUGGAGGAACUAUGUAAGCCCCUGUGCUGUAAGCUUUGCAAUGUCACUCUGAAUUCGGCCCAGCAAGCCCAGGCUCAUUACCAGGGUAAAAACCACAGUAAGAAACUCCGGAAUUACUAUGCUGCCAACAGCUGUCCGGCACCUGCCAGGAUGAGUAAUUCUGUUGAGCCUGCCCCACCUCAGGUUGUCUCCCUUCCAACUCAGAUGGGAUCCAGUAAGCCAGGUGGCCGAGUGAUCUUGGCUACAGAGAAUGAUUACUGCAAGCUUUGUGAUGCCUCAUUUAGCUCUCCGGCUGUGGCACAGGCUCACUACCAAGGGAAAAAUCACGCCAAGCGGCUGCGUCUUGCAGAGGCACAGAAUAACUCAUUCUCGGAUGCCUCAGAACUAGGCAAGCGAAGGGCAAGGAAAGAAGGGAACGAAUAUAAGAUGAUGCAGAACAGAAGAAACAUGUAUGCGGUUCAGAACAACACAGGUCCCUACUUCAACCCGCGCUCGCGGCAGAGGAUCCCCCGUGACCUGGCCAUGUGCGUGACGCCCAGCGGGCAGUUCUACUGCUCCAUGUGCAACGCGGGCGCCAGCGAGGAGCUGGAGUUCAGGCAGCACCUGGAGAGCAAGCAGCACAAGAGCAAAGUGUCCGAGCAGCGCUACAGGAACGAGAUGGAGAACCUGGGCUAUGUCCAAUGACCACCCUCGGUAGUAGUUUGCAACUAGAGCAGCUUGUCUCUCGCCUGCUGUUUGCCACAUGCCCUGCUUUGUGCUCCAUUGAGUAGGAGUAUGCUCUCGAGCUGUACAUGUAACACCUGCAAACUUACUGGUAUGGUUAGGUUUUUUUUCUAUCAUAGUCGGCAGGAUGACGCUGUGCAGGACAUGAAGUGUUUUUGGUGUUUGUUUGCUAAUUAUCUAAGGCUCUUCAUUGUGUUGAGUGGCGGGGAGGAACUGUGUCUUCUCCCCAGCCUUCUGCAUGAAUAUGCAAAGCCCAAGAAGUGCUGGAAACUUCUGUGGUCCUACCACAUGGGUGGACCGUGUGCAAAGCCCACUCCCCUCUUGGCACCAGAAUGCUUCCCUACAGCAGACUGAAUCUCUGGGCAGCUUGUAAAAGAGGGGAAGGAGUAGGGCCUGUGAAUGUGUGAAUUAGGUGGUGUAUUUGUCCACACUUUGCUGCUUCUGGCCCCCAUUACAGUCCAGAGUAGGUUCUUUCCACAUCCUUGUAGAAAGGCUGUGCAUACCUCUUCUCCUUGGAGGAUCUUGCCUCUUACUGCUUCCUCUGUGAUGCAGAUUCCAUUCUGAACAUCUGACACGGAUUUCAGCUGAUUAGCCCCGUUCAGAAAUACUCGUCUACUCUUGAUAUUGUUGCCUGGACACCUUAAUAUACCAUGGGUGUAGCUCAUCUCCCUGAAGAGAAUCUCUGGGGAUCUCGGUGGCUUAAUGAAGUGAACUGGAAAGCAGACCUGUUCAGGUGAGAUGUGCUGUGCUCUGAUUCUGCCUUAGACUAAGUCAGGUUGAGAAUAGGUGGAAGGAGCUGUCAGCUGUGAUUUCUUUGCAUGUUGAUGUACAAGAGAGCAAGAGUUGGUCUCUGGCUUGCAGUCCUUGCUCUGGAAGAGCAGGGCUGCCUGGACUCUGGGUAGCAGAUAUUGGUGUGUCCCACUUCCAUGCCAUUCCCUGGGCAAAGCCUAAUGGGUGUUUAUAGUGCAAAGAUGAAGCUUCUAGCUUUGAACUAGGGCUACCAAUAUUGGUUGACUUUCCCCCUCUCUUUCUUUUUCCAUCUCAGGAUGGGUUUUAAUUCCAUUCCUUGAUGUAUACUUGACUGUUCUAGGGACCAUCAAAAAUCCAAAGUUAUGUAGGAUUUAAAUGUCAGGGUGAUGAUUGUUUGAGUAACAUCUUUUUGGCCUCAUGGAAGUAUUCAAGAAACUUGUUAAGCAACUUUUGAAUUGUAGACAAACUGAAAAGGUGUGUGUGUUUGUUUUGAUAUUCCUUAGCAAAAGUAGGAAGGGGAAAAUGAGCAGAAGUAGGACUGUCAAUUAUUCUUCUGCUUGUCUGGGUAGAUGUGAGGAGCUGUGAUUGGAGUCCAUUUCACAGUGUCAUUCAAACAUGGUCUCCAGUGGCAAGUGCAGCAUGAAGGUGGCUUUCGUUGGACCUGAUCCCCCACUGUGCUGCUGUAGCUGUGCACUGGUGUAGCUUCACUGACUUCAGUGGCAGGUGCAGAGAGAGGGUCCAGGAAGCACCAUGGCUCAUCUCUCAGCCCUCUUCAGGCAGCUGGAAUUAGAUGCAGCUCCAUUAGUUUCAGUAGGAUUUUAGCAGGGAUGAAUUGUACCUAGUGAUAGUGUUGAAGGUAGCUCCCCCGCCUCCUUUUAUUGCCGUUCUGAUCCCGCCUCUUGCAUUCCAGAAGGACUUUCUGCUUGCCUUAAAAAAUGAAGAAUGAGUAACAAAAACAAUCCAGAUAGUCUUUAUUCAUCUUCCCAGUCCACCUUCAAAAGGUCUGUUGCACAUGGCUGCUCCUCAGAAAUUGACUAUUGUUUUCUUCAGCUCCCUGAGUGAGCAUCAGGGAGCCAUACAACCUGAAUGCAGCCUUCCUAAAUCCAGGCAAGGUGAGUGAUUGCAAAAUAGUUGAAAACAAACCCCUAGAUUCUAUGAUGAUCCUUGCCCUCCAGAUAGAGGCAGAGGAAUAGGUAUCCUCAUGAAUGGGAUUACUUUCCCUGCUUUGUGCAAAACUCAGUUAAAUGGGGUUUGUGCCCUGGAGCAUGUGAGAAGAUAGAGCAGUGCCCAGGUUGUAGAGCACUCACUGAACAGUUCUGACAGCUUUGUAAGUCUGUUUCUUCUGUGCUUUCCUGCCCCUGCCUCACCCUCUGUGUAGCCUUGAAGAACUUUGGCCUUUCCAGAAUCUCUCAUAAGCCUUUCCCCCUCAUUGUUUGUAUUGACAGAAGGGCUCUGGUUUUCUCUUUGUGUCCCGUCCUUAGGUUUGCCAGUCUGACACCACUGUCCAGAGGGACAGAGGGAGUUAGAUGAGCCUUCCCACAAUGUGCUUCAGCACAGUGAUCCCUGCACUGUGGUUAAGCAUCCCUCUGGCUGUAAGUUAAAGCAUGGCAUUUCCUACAGGCUGCAGUUAGUAGCAGAAAAACAACCCUGUGUGAAAUAUGAGCUGGAGGAGCUGUAGGUACUGCUGCUGUCUGGCUUACUGCUAGGUAUGAGGAGGCAUUUUUGCUUGCUUUCACGUGUCCCAAAAAUCAGCUGUUCACCACUUAGCUUUGGUUACUGCUCCUACUCCCAGCCCAGCCAUCUGCUCCUCAUUUGGCAUUUCCAGUGACUGCUG